CGUAGUUUCUUCGGUUGGGCAACGUAACUGCCACUCGUCUCGAAUGAUUUCACCUUGCGAUGAAUGAAAAUAAUAUUCUCGGUAAAAAGUCGCUAAAAACUUUUAUCAUAUAAACUGAUAUACGUUACUAAACAGUGUUUGUGCUUGUGAGUUCUAAAGGUGGAUUCGUGGUGUAAGUGAUAAAUAACCAGUUCUUCCUUUAAUUGUAACUACAUCUACAACUCAUGUUUACGUGCUAAAAUACGGCACAGUUAAGACUUGGACAUCUUCGCGUAUUCUGAAUCGCCCUUUAAUGGGAUCUUGUUAAUUAACAGGUGUUGAGAGAAGCGCGGCAGAAUGCCGGAGGGAGUUGCCAAAGAUGGCAAGGAGGCGAAGACGAAAGCGAAGGAGUCGCCGAAACGCCGCACCAACCUCGCCAAGAUAAAACUCGAGCUGCUAGAUGGAUCGGCUAUGGAACUUGAGGCCGAUAGGAAAAUUCGCGGUCAUGAUCUACUUAGCAAGGUCUGCGACAGCCUCAACCUGGUCGAGAAAGACUAUUUCGGGUUGUUGUACGAGGAUCGAGGGGAUCCACGUGUCUGGAUCGACCUGGAGAAGCGAGUUUCUAAGAUGCUGAAACAUGAGCCGUGGGUGGUGAGGUUCGCGGUGAAGUUCUACCCGCCAGAGCCGACGCAGCUGCGGGAGGAGCUGACGCGGUACCAGCUCGUGCUGGCCAUCAGGAAAGACCUACUGGAAGGUCGCCUUCCAUGCUCUACGGUAACUCACGCAUUGCUCGCCAGCUAUCUGCUACAGUCCGAGCUGGGCGACUACGAGGAGACGGAGAACGGUGCUGGUCUCUGCAAACAGCUCAAGCUGGCCCCUCCCGCGACAUGCACGGCGGAAUUCGAGGAGAAGGUCGUAGAACUGCACAAAACCCACAGAGGGCAAACUCCGGCGGAAGCGGAACUGAACUACCUGGAGAACGCGAAGAAGCUCGCCAUGUACGGCGUGGACCUGCACCCCGCCAAGGACUCGGAGAACGUCGACAUCGCGCUCGGGGUCUGCUCGUCUGGCUUGCUCGUGCACCGCGAGAAACUCCGCAUAAACCGUUUCGCGUGGCCCAAGAUCCUCAAGAUCAGCUACAAGCGCCACAACUUUUACGUGAAGCUGCGUCCGGGUGAGUUCGAGCAGUUCGAGUCCACCGUCGGCUUCAAGCUCGCCAACCACCGCGCCGCCAAGAAGCUCUGGAAGACCUGCGUCGAGCAUCACACUUUCUUCAGGCUGAUGUCCCCGGAGCCGGCGACGCGCAGCACGCUGUUCCCACGGCUGGGCUCGCGCUUCCACUACAGCGGCCGCACGCACUACGAGUCCCGCGCCGCGCCGCCCAACCGCUCGCAGCCGCACUUCGCGCGCACGCUCUCCUCGCGCAGGCUGUCCUCGCGCAGCGCCGACGCGCUCGCAUCGGGCGACAAGGAUGACUCGAUGCCACCGGAAGCUACGAAACGUCACACGAUGCCUCCUCAGCCGGCGCCGAGACCCACCAUCAAGGACAAGCUGCGCCGGCGCUCGGGCGGCGCCGCGUCCGCCUCGUCCGCGUCCUCGCUCGAGGGCGAGUACUACGCCGACGCCAAGAAACCGCCCCCGGGUGCGGUUAAGGUGAUGCCGACGGCGCCGAUGGACAAAAAGGAAGAUACGAAAUUCGUUGAUCGGAAACCUGCCGAAAAUGGAACCGAUACGACCAGCGAUCCUGGAAUCACGAAUAAUGUCGAAACACCGAAAAGAUCGAAGGGAGGUUUCGCGCUAUUUGGUAGCAGAAAAGAGAAAUCGCCCAAAGAUGAUAAAUCGCAAAAAGAAAAAUCUCCCAAAACAAAAGAUAAAUCAGAUAAGUCUCCAAAAGAUAAGUCGCCGAAAGAUAAAGAUAAUAAAAUCAAAGAUCCUAAAGCGAAAGUAGCUGUGCUCGAUACCUCUAAUGAUAGCUCGAACCUCGACAGUUCAACGGACAGGAGUCCUGUGAAGAGUGAAGGAAAGCCGAGUUUCACUAAACCAUACGAAUAUACAGACACUGAAAAGAGUCCUACUCGAAAGCCUUAUAUCCAAGGUGCUUUUAGUUAUGAAAAGGAACCAAUUUCUGAUGAAAAACAAAGAGGCUUAGAUGACAAUCAAAGUCCAGGUACCAGAAAGGCUGGCCUUGCAUUUAACUAUGCUCCAGGUGAAGAUAAGAAAGUCGCUGAAAGUGCUGAAAAGAGGAAAACUCCGGAAGAUCUAAGUAAACUUAAAACGCCUGGUAUUGAUUAUGUUCAGUCAGCGGCCUUGAAAGAACAAGCUAAAGUUCCCAAAUCUAACCUCAUAGAUCCAACUCUCGCUUUAUUAGACGCGGAAAGAGCGCAUCACGAGACUCCUGUUGCUAUCGCCCCUGUUGUCGCUAAGACCGACAAUGAGAUUCAAGUCGUUAUUAUAACUGGUCGUUAUAACCCUAAGACAAAGAAACUCGAUGACGCCAAUGGUACUAUUCUGGUCACAAAGGGAACACUAAACAAGGCGACUGGAAAAAUACAAACUGAGAAGGAACUGAUUAAUACUAAAUCAGGUCAAGUUAAUUACACAGAUCCAGUGACAGGCAAACAAGAAGUAAAGAAUGGACACGUAGACUCGAAAAGUGGGCACAUUUUGUUUACAACUGGUGUUAUUGAUCCAAAGACCGGAAAAUUGGACCCAACAUUGGCGCAACAAUAUUGUUUCGUAGAAAAAUUAGAAGAUAAAGUAGGGUCAAAGCCUGGUAGAGAAGUCGAUUUAGUUGUUAUCACAGGAAAGUAUGACGGUAAACAUAAGAAAUUGGAUGCUUCUCAUGGACAUGUUGAAGUGUCAAAAGCUGUUGUCGCUCCAGAUGGUACUAUCACGUCUAAUUAUGGUCUGAUUGACCCGCGGUAUGGAAAAAUCGACUACAUUGAUCCUAAGACAGGAAAGCAAGAUCCCAAACAAGCCUAUGUUGAUCAGAAGACUGGCAAUCUUCUCGUAACAACGGGAGUGGUAGAUCCGAAAUCAGGUAAAAUCGAUUCAUCUUUAGGACAACAGUUUAGUGUUGUUGAAAAAGAUGCCACAAAAGCAAACAGAGAAGUUAGGUUAGUAGUGGUUACAAGUAAAUAUGAUUUGAAGAAUAAGAAGUUGGAACCUUCAUUUGCUCAUGUUGAUUCAAUCAAAGGAGUUCUUAGUGGCACUGACGGCAAAAUCUACACAGAGUACGGAAUCAUUGAUCCAAGAACUGGUGACAUUCAAGUUACUGACCCGAAUACGGGCAAUCAAGAGAUAAAACAUGCAACUGUUGACCCGAAAACUGGAAAUAUUCUUUUGUUGUCCGGUGUUAUUGAUCCGAGAACUGGAAAACUUGAUACAACACUGGGACAACAAUACAGUAUUGUAGACAAACCGACGUCUACGUUCGCUUCGUUACCCGGAAAGGAGGUGCAAGUCGUCGCUAUCACUGGCAAAUAUGACGCAAAGAAUAAGAAAUUGGACAAUCCAAAUGGGUUUGUUGAGACAUCGCAGGCCAUUAUUAGUAAUAAAGACGGGAAGGUUCAUAGCAAUUUCGGCGUGAUCGAUCCCAAUAACGGCAAGAUCUUCUUCACAGAUCCCAAAACUGGUAAACGGGAUUCCAAACAAGCCUCAGUUGAUCCUAGAAGUGGCAGUUUCCUUCUGACGUCUGGAGUUAUUGAUCCUAAAACAGGCAAAGUUGAUUCAUCACUUGCUCAGCAAUUGGCUAUUGUUGAUAAAGACGCCCCUAAAGGCAUACCUGAAAGACUCGUUAAUUUAGUUAUCGUCACCUCGAAAUACGAUCCCAAGAACAAGAAGCUUGAUCUAACAAAUGCGCAUGUUAACACGAUACCGGGCAAAGUGGACGAUGACGAUAAAGUCCACACUGAAUUGGGAGUUAUUGAUCCAACUAGCGGUCAAAUCACAAUUACGGAUCCUGUAACUGGUAAACAGCAAGUUAAGAAGGCGACAUUAGAUACCAAAACAGGAAAUAUGUUACUGACAUCUGGUGUUGUUGAUCCCAAUACAGGUGUCGUUGAUCCGACUUUAGGACAACAGUACACAGUUGUAACUAAACCUAAAGAUACAUUUGCUUCCGUGCCUGGUAGAGAAGUGCAGUUGGUCAUUAUAACCAGUAAAUAUGAUCCGAAAUAUAAGAGAUUGGAUAAUCCUAAUGGUCAUAUUGAAACCUCACGUGCUAUAAUUGCCACAGAUGGAAGAGUACAUUCAAACUUUGGCAUAUUAGAUCCUAAAACAGGUAAGAUAGAACAACUUGACCCUGUUACUGGAAAUCAAGAAGUAAGAAAUGCUGUUGCAGAUCCCAAAACGGGUAAUCUUAUUCUUACAUCUGGCGUUGUUGAUCCUAAAACUGGAAAGCCUGACUCAUCGUUGGCUCAGCAAAUUAGUAUUGUGGACAAGGAUACGAAACCAGUGGAGAGAGAAAUUCAUCUUGUUAUUAUAACAACUAAAUACGAUCCUAAAGUAAAGAAAAUUGAUCCAAGUCAGGGUAUUGUUGAAACCGUCACUGGUACAGUCGGUCCUGAUGGUAAGAUUCGUACUGAAUUCGGUACAGUCGAUCCUGCGUCUGGAGAAAUCACAGUCACCGACCCCAAGACUGGUAAACAAGAAAUUAAGAAAGCACAAAUUGAUCCGUCAACUGGGCAUAUGUUGAUAACUGGUCAAGUUGUUGACCCAAAAACUGGUAAAGUAGACCCCACUUUGGUGCAACAAUACAGCAUUGUUAACAAACCAACAGUUCCACAUGCGAAGCCGGUAUCUCGAGGUGAGCUGCGCAUUGUUAUUGUAACAAGCAAAUACGAUCCAAGAACGAAGACUGUUGACGCCGGUGCUGGUACUGUAGAUGCUUCUAAAGGUUACGUUAAUACUGAAGAUGGAAAAAUACAUACUGACUUCGGUAUCAUUGAUCCGAAAUCAGGUCAGAUUCUUUAUAAAGAUCCUAUUACCGGUAAACAGGAACUCAAACAAGCUGAAGUCGAUCCUAAGACAGGCAACAUCUUAGUGACCUCAUCUGUUGUAGACCCUAAGACAGGCAAAGUUGAUCCUUCAUUCGCUCAACAGUUGGUUAUUGUUGAUAAGCAGAAUGUGUUGUCUAAAGUAGCGCCAGUUUCUCAGAGAGCUAGUUUACCCCCGGCUACAUUAACCACAUCACCCUUAAAGACUCCCACAUCCACGCCAGUUCAAACACCCUUACAAUCGCCAGUACGAACAUCAUCACCUAUUGUAGGGCAAUUCCAAAAAGCUUCACCGGUCACCACAGUUCGAGCCAUGUCUCCUUCCAAACCAACGACUGCACCUCCAGAGCCACCGAGAAAGAAGAUGGUUAAAAUCAUGGUUAUCUUUACUAGACUCGAUCCCAAGACAAAGAAGCCGGACUUCCAUACUGCUGAAGUUGAACAUCUAACUGGUGUUCUAGACCCGAGUGGUUUAGUCGAAACGAAAUAUGGUGUUAUUGAUUCUAAAAAAGGCAGCAUUGCUAUUACGGAUAUUGCGGGUCAGCGACAAACUAAAGAGGGAUUGAUUCUAAAUGAAACUGGUCAAAUAUUUAUUAAUUCAGGUGCUAUUGAUCCUAAAACAGGUAAAAUUGACUCUAAUAUGGGCAUGAUUGUAAGCAUGGCUAAACAAGAUGAUCCUGUAGUGGAAAUUACAACAAUAACCGGCCCAAUUGAUCAUAGAACAGGUAAGGUAAAUAUUGCUGACGGUGUCGUUGAGCACACCAAGGGAAAAGUGGACGCCGAAACAGGAAAUAUUUCUACUAAAUAUGGUGUCAUUGACCCUUCCAACGGUGUUAUAUUCGUAACAGAUACAUAUGGUGCUCAAGACACAAAAUCUAUUCAAAUUGACGAGAAUAAUGGACAGAUAACUGUUAUUGGCGUUGUUCAUCCCAAGACUGGAAAAGUUGAUCCUGAAUAUGGACAAGUACUUGUGGUUGGAAGUCAUAUUGACCCAGUCGUGGAGGUUACGACCUUCGCAGGAAAGUUGGAUGCAAAGAAAGGGGUUAUUGAACCUAAGCAUUCAGUAAUUGAGAGCAGUACAGGUCAACUUAAUCCUGAUAAUAAUAAGAUUGACACCAAGUAUGGUCAAAUAGAUCUUGUCAAAGGUACAGUAACGUACAAUGAUCCAAAAACCGGUAGAUUUGAAAGCAAAGAACUUAAAGUCGAUCCUGUUACUGGACAAUUUUUAUUACGAAGUGGACAAGUCAAUCCGAAGUCAGGAAAACCGGACAAGGAUAUCGGCAGGUUGAUGUGUCUCAGAAUAAUACAAACUAAAAUUGAUCCCGUUUCUGGUAAGCAGAUUGUCUCGAACGAUCCGAGAAAUGUUAAAGUAGAUCCCAAGACGAACCAAAUUUGGAUCGCUGGACCAAAAGACCCGCUAACCGGAGAAGUUUUGUACACAGCUGGACAAAUAGAUCCGAACACUGGAUACAUUGUUACUAUUUACGGUCGAAUGGAUCCUAAAACUGGUAACAUCACCAGAGCAACGGAUAUCGACAAAGCUCUCAUUAAAGUUGACCCAGUUAACGGCCAGAUUUACACAGCGACUGGAGAUGUAGACGAAGAUAACCAACCUCUUUAUUCCGCUUCGCAAGUUGAUCCGGGUAGUGGAGAAAUAUACACUAAAGUUGGAAAAAUAGAUUCACGGACAGGGAAACUUAUCAUUAUUAAGAUUUACGUUAUAACGCAAAAAGAUGAGAAAGGUAGAGUCAAAGAACUUGAUCCCAAGGAAUGUACGAUCGAUGAAACUACUGGAAGAAUUAUUACAACUAAAACGGUGUACGUCUACCAAAUCAUUGAUCCAAUCACUGGUGAGACUAUCGAUGUUGAUCCAGAUGAUCCUAGACUAAAAGGCGCGCGGACAACUGUCACUCAGACUAUGACACUAUCUGGAAAGAUCGAUCCGGUUACAGGAAGAAUUAAAACGGAAUAUGGAGACAUUGACCCCGACACAGGAGACAUUGAUCCAAGCACCGCUGUGAGAGAUCCCGUGACCGGGCAGCUGAUAUUGCACUAUUCUCAAAUCGACCCCUCACAUUUCGAAGACAAGAGUGGUAAUUACACAAUUGAAAAGGAAACUCACGAUUUACCCGCAAACAUUGACAUUCAAACUGUUAACACGCAUAAAUUCUCAACUUUCGGUAAAGACGAAAGCCCGGCACGAGGAGACGAACCGAAAACCUUCACAGAGUACACGACGAGCGAGCACAUCCGGCAUCAAGGUUACGUGUCUUCCUCCACCCCCCUAUCCUCCAAGAUCCCGAUUUCGCAGCGAUCUAAGAAGACGCCGACUCCACCGGUCGUCGUCAAAACGACGACGAAACAGCUCCUCACGAAGAACGACGAGGGGGUGACGCACAACGUGGAGCAGGAGGUCGAGAAUCUCGGUACCGGAGAAGUCACAUUCUCCACCCAUACCAAUAAGGCGGAAAGCCUAGAGCCGUCGGAGGGAAAGAGUCCGUAUGUGACCGCGAGGGCAGUGACCACCCGCACGGCGACCACCCACCACGACCUGGACACGCAGGCUAAGACUCAGCAGAUGGAGGAGCGCACGGUGGCGCAGACGCUCACCUCCUCCGCCACCAGGCAGGAGCAGAGGGUUCUGACUCAGGAGGUCAAAACUACCGUCACCACCGGCGAUAAGCUUACUAGACGCGGCUCAGAGAGUUCGCUGAGCAGCGGCGACUCUGGUACGCCCAUCGACUUGGAGGAGGGCGGGGAGGGGCACUAUUACGUCACCGAGCCGGGCGCGUACCGCAGCACGGCCACGACGAGCGUCACGGGCAACGCGCCCUUCGGCGACAUGCUGCACGGCGCCGCCGCCAGGAUGAGCACCGGACCGGCGCCGGAGCCGGCUGAGGAGAUCCCAGCGGAGGGCGAGGUGGUGUCGUCGCAGACCAUCAGCUCCAAGACGCGCACCGUGGAGACCAUCACCUACAAGACGGAACGUAACGGCGUGGUGGAGACCCGCGUGGAGCAGAAGAUCACGAUCCAGUCCGACGGAGACCCCAUCGACCACGACCGAGCGCUCGCCGAAGCCAUACAGGAGGCCACCGCGAUGAACCCCGACAUGACGGUCGAAAAGAUCGAAAUCCAGCAGCAGAGCACGCAGCCCUAGCUCACGAACGUCCGCCAUCUUGUGAGUGACGACAAUUGAAUCCAAGAUGGCGUCAACGCACGUCGAGAAAUGCCUUCAGUACCAUGACAAUGUAAUCCGCUUAAGACUACACGAUUAAUCGUUUGAAAAUACGCUUGCGAUUUAUCGUGCGAGUCGGGCUUUCGAUGUUAUAAUAUAGCCAAGAUGGCGUCGUUUGUUUAUAAUUGUAUGUAUAUGGAGAUUACAUACGUAUAGGUUUAAGUGACGUCACUGAAUAUAUUAGAUAAGUUGUAGCCGAUUGAUCGUCGGAUUUUUUUAUAUGUCGAUGUUGUGUCGAGACGCACUUACGAUUUUAUUUUUAUUCAAGUUAUAACUAUGCAAUUGAAAUUGUAUGUAAAAAUAUUGUAAGUUACAAUGCAGCAUUUUUUCAAAGUUUUUGCCAACUUCGUAUGAAGGAGGUCCUAUUAAUAAGCUUAGGCUAAGCGAUACAGAUUACUGGGCUUUUUUAGUACGAGUAAAUGUUGCCAUAGUGGAAAAAAAAGUGUUCGUGUAUUUCGAAGGGUAAUUCUUCUAAAGUUUUUGAUAUUAGCUUUAAACAUGUCACACGACUUAGACCACCGUUAUUUAGAUUAAAAAGUUAAAAUAUUUUUCUCUCUGAAAUCUCAAACGACCAGAUUGUAGCGCGGGACUAAUUUAAAAAAAAAAAAAAACUCGAUUGGCAAUUCAAACCUUUUCCGCGUAAAAUAAAACAUUGACAUAUAAUUUGUUUCUUUCUUAUUCAUAUUAUCGAAAUUAUUAUUUUAUUAUUCAAUAUAAUUUAACUGUAUCAAGUAUUUAAUUAGAUUUUUUAUUUAAUGUAUAAGAGCAUGUUAUAUGUCUAUGUGAAGUUGUUAUACAUGUUAAAAAAAUUAAUUGAAAUAUUGCCGGGGAUGUUGGGUUUGUAAGUGCAAUCGGGACCUAAAUAAUUAAAAAAAAUAUAUAAAAUAUAAUUAUUUACGUCAUGUUGCUAAAACUAUUUCUAAUAUUACACCAUUUGGGUGCUAUUUAGUAAAGUAAUUCCAUGUCUUGUGUGUUAGUGCGGUACUUUUUGUUUAACGUUUAAAGCUGGCAACGGGGACGCAUUGCUUUUUAGAAAGUGGCUUGUGCAAUAUAACCUUCUAAAAUUAUAGAUUCUAUAAUCGGUUUUCCUCAAAAACUACAGAUUAAACAUACGAUUUCCCAUACGGGAACGGUGCCCCCCCCCCAUAUGUGGAACUCUGCAUCGCCAUCGGAAUACUCACUAAAAAACCAGCGGUACCCUUUCCGUCUUAACGAGGAGCGCCACGGGAUCGCUUUCGCAUGCUACCGUGACGCUCUGAGAUUAAACCUUCCUAAGAUAUAUACGCAUAACACAAUAUGUCCUACAAAAGCACAAGUAAAAGUUUAUGUUAUGUCGAUUUGUCUAUAAUAUUAGACGGUUAUUUUGAAACUGAACGUCUCACACUGAUGUUUGGGGUCUUCACAAUUAUUACUAAGGCCAGGUGAGCAUUUCUUAAUUAUUAUCACAAGCACAAAACUUAUUUAACUAUACGAUUCGUUAUUUCGUCUCAAAGCAUUUUAGCCACGUCUAAAUGUUCCCUUAAAUAUAGAUCGUAUAACAAUAUAUAAUUAUAAAUAUAUAAUACGUAUCAAUAUUUCUUUUAUAUAUCCGGUACAUUCCAAUAUACCUGGUUUAUUUCAGUUUAGAAAUAAAAUCCCAUAGAUUAUUUUUAUUUUUCCUCUAAAAUAAGAGUGUAUUAUCUGUGGGCGCAAAAUCAUAAUCAGUAGAUGAUUCUUUAAUAAAUAUGUAGAAUUUAUUAUUUAUGUGUCAUUUUUAUAAUUGUAAAAUAAAAAUGUACGAAUUAUUUAAAAACAUUAGACACAAUGAUUACAAUAUAGAUUGCAUGUUAUGUUUUACAUUUUUAAUAUUUUUAAUCUGUAGUCGCCCACAGAGUAAAGCUAAGACACUGAUGUACAAUUAUAAUUAAUAUAUUUCUUACGCUAGAUAUAACUUUUUGUAUUGCAUUAAGUUUAAACCUGAUUGUGAAUCAGAAUUAACGUGUAAUUUUCUCUUACUAUUAUUAUUUUUUUUAAUUAUAUGACAUUAUAUUCUAUUGUGAGUUCUUUGUGCGCGUAUUGAUGAUUUGAAAUAAUUUUAUUGAAAUUCUCAAUGCGAAUUUAACAAUUGUAAGUACAGUCAGCAAGAAAAUGCUUCUCAUGUCACAUUUCGUGAUGUUUUCUUUGGUAGUGGUAUUUGUGCUAUUGAAAAUAAGGAUUGUAUUGUAUAAAUGUAAAUUGAAAAUUUUGAUACCAUUCGCAUUGUCCGUUCUCGUUCUAUCAGGAAGCCUCCCUACCAAUAAAAAGUAAGUGUUUUUUAUGUCGACUGUACGUAAUACGUCUUGCGUUAUAAUUUUAUAUUUAUUGAAGAUGUUUAUUUUUGUAAGAGUCCCCAGCUCCGUAUUAUUUGAUAUUUAACGAAGUUAUGAAGUAACAGAUAUUACAAUAAAGAUGCUUUGUUUUU